UUUGUGGCCAUUUGUCACCCUCUGCAGUAUUCAGUUAUUAUGAGCCCUCGCCUCUGUGGCUUCUUAGUUUUGGUGUCUUUCUUGCUGAGUCUUUUGGACUCCCAGCUGCACAGUUUGAUGAUCUUAAAAAUUACCAGCUUCAAGGAUGUCAAAAUUUCUAGUUUCUUCUGUGACCCUUCUCAACUUCUGAAUCUUUCCUGCUUGAACACCUUCUCUGAUAACAUUGUGAAAUAUUUACUUGCUGCCAUAUAUAGCCUUUUCCCCAUCUCAGGGAUCCUUUUCUCUUAUUACAAAAUUAUUUCCUCCAUUCUGAGGAUCCCAUCCUCAGGUGGGAAGUAUAAAGCCUUCUCUACCUGUGGCUCUCACCUGGCAAUUGUUUGCUUAUUUUUUGGAACAGGCUCAGGAGUGUACCUUGGAUCAGCUGUGUCACAUUCUCCCAGAAAUGGUGCGGUGGCCUCUGUGAUGUACACUGUGGUCACCCCCAUGCUGAAUCCUUUCAUCUACAGCCUGAGGAACAGGGACAUUAAAAGGGUCCUGAUGAGGCUGCAAGCAGGAUGGUCUCAUCUCACCCCUUGUGGUGUCUAG